AGCUGACCACUAAUGCUAAUUGCCUAGUAGUACUUAAGACAAUCAUAUACACUGCAAUCUUAAGCUCUAUAUUUGGGAAACAAGCCGGGGCCAGCAUUAACUUAAAGAGAUUCCUUCACUCUUAAGCUCUACUUGGCAAAGAAGCAAUUGUGACCGACAUAACCAGUUGCAGUUCUCUCUAACCUUUUCUCUUUCUUCAUCAUCCUGUACAAGCAACAAGGAACAAGAUGUCGUUUCUCCCUGCUUGUGGGGUUCUGAGGUACACGGGCAAUUUGCUUAGUUUCGGCUACAUCCGAUGUCAUCCGAAUCCUGAGGACUACGUCUUUGAAAAUUGGGUUACCCAUGAAGGCGACGUCGCGACGGAACAGUUGGAGAAAAUGCAGGAACUUGGUCAGGAAGUUCUACAAGCGAGGCGGGAAUUGGCAAUAAAUCUUGUGCAGGCACGAGAAGAGGCGAAAGCUAUGUGUAAUGUUCAUCUUGUACAAGAACAACCUCGCCUUCUUCUAGCAUUAUCAUGAAAAUGAAAGGAUAAGAAACUGCUGAAUAUAAAAUGCGCGGAGUCUUUCUUCUAUAAAAAUGAAUUUUCUUUAUCGACCAAUCAUGUCUAUAAUUCUUUCAAUAAAGGGUCACUGAGCUCCUGAAUCUUGCAUGAUCUGACAUUUACACCAUCAUCGCACAUCAGGUCGCGAGUAUUUUGAAGACAUCGUCACGCAGACUCAACCUACGCCCUCGUCCUCGUCUUCUUCAAAUAAGGAGUCCACGAGUGCAAGUGGUUCUCCCAGUUUGAGUCUAUACGACAAAUGCCGCUUAGCCCAAAGCGCGAUGAGGGAGAGCGUGCUGGUGCAUGGAGCGCGGCCCCGAGGUUGCUACGAUAGUUCACAACCUUUGUCGCUGAAGGGAACAAAACUAUCGGACGGGAAAAUGCCUGCUGGGCUGGAGCGUGACCUUCGGAGUGGUGCUAGUUCGCGACUCUCACGUACGGACACCCGCAGAACGAGUGCUGAGGCGUCAUCAAGAGUUCGGAAUUUAUGAAUGUUGCACUGUGUGUCGUGUUAGUCGAGUUUAUUUUCGAUUCCAUGGCAAGUGCAAGUAGAUAAUUUUCGCGAGGACCCAAGAACAUCAUGCAUACAGCUGCUCAAGUAGAAAGACGAUGUAGGAAGUAACUGUAAAAUUUCACAAGAGCAGCCAGCAGUUGAAGUCCUGGAUAUAGUAAAUAGAUUGCCAGUACUACAAUUAUCAUAGUACGCGAGUACAAUCUUCAUACGCAUACUGUCCCACUUUCAUACCCGAUCCCGCUCGUUGGGUCGUUGUUAAGCGACGUUGGUCAAUUCGGAAUGCAAACGUUUAGGCAGCUUGACAGGUCACUCUUUUCCGGUUAUUUCUCUUCCUACCCGUGCCGUAGGCCAAACGACGAGCUCGCUUGCACUGGCCGCAUGAGAAUAGCGCGAAUGAACGUCGACGCACACAGGGCGAGAGCUGAGAAAAUGUGCUUUCACAAGUUAAGACCGCCGUUUUUGAUGAUAAAGACGCUAUAAUCCAUCUUCCAUUAACCAGCGCGCUGUGUGCGUAUGCUGAUCUUAAUCUGUCUUCUAGUUGCGUGUAUUCGUCUUCGAGUGGCUCUUUUGUAAGGGAAAGGGGAACCUUGACAGUCAGAUGGUCGUAGAUGGAUUAUAGCCAAGUUGUAACUUCCUCUAUGUCUUCUUCUAAGCAAAGGUUCUAUACAGCAGAGCAUCGAGCCUGGGUUUUACUCAAAACGGCAACGAGAUCAAAGAGAUACCAUGAUCGAAGAGACUGGAAGCAUGUUCUAGCAGUACUAGCCUCCACGUGAGAUCUUUUACUGCUUCAUCAUGUUUACGAAUGGAACGCGAACGUAGAUCAUGCUAGGAAAGAGCUUGGAUCAGUAUUUUGUCUUUUCCAGGCAUGCUUCAUAACUGACCAAUGUCAGAGAAGCAAGAAGCUGACACGGAUACCAACA